AUGGGUGAUCGGGCGGACACGACCACGUCAAAGAGUAACAAACCCUUUGCUGUAGACACCUUCCCCACACUCUUUCGAAAAACGCAGGGAUCGGCGUACCAAAAGGACAACCCCAACACUGUGGAGAACAGACUGAUGGACUGCUUGCACGCCCUGAACUUGAUCCCCGGGGUGGACCAGCCAUUUUCCAGAGUCUCAAGAACAGACAAAGGCGUUUCGGCGCGCAUGAAUGCCCUGACCAUACGGCUCAAAAUUAGACACCCCCACAUGGCCCUACAAGACAUAGAAAGAAUUUACGUGAAAGAAAUGAACAAAAGGUUGAAGAACAUACACGUGAUCGACAUACGCAAUGUGCCCAAUUUUUUUGACGCGCGGUUACAUUGUAUACAUAGGACCUACUUAUAUUUCUUCAUGGACAAAAAUUACAAUUUUGAGCGAAUGAGGGAAGCCUGCAAGUUAUUUCUAGGGGAACACGAUUUUGCUAAUUUUUGCAAGAAGAGGAAAAACAGCACAUGCUUCAGACGGACCAUCCUCAAGUUUGAGCUCAGGAGUAUGGACAAGAAUUUUCACUACUUCAAAAUAAAGGGAACGUCAUUUCUGUACAACCAGAUUAGACACAUGGUCGCCACCCUGUUCCAAGUGGCCACAGGGAACUUAGAACUGGAGGACCUAGCAAGCAUGCUGAACAACCACCCUUCUAGGGAUAAGAAUUUCAAAAUAGCCAAUGAAGAUGGGCUGCUGUUGUACUCCUUCAAGUUCAGCGACCUUAACUUUCACAUCAACGUUGACAACCGCGUGUUUUCACACCUGAUGGAGAAGUACAUACAGAGCGCGGUACUGUUGGUUUCUCUCUGCUACCCUGGGAAGGUUAAGCGACAAAAUUGCGGCCUUUUUGAAGACAUCAUGCCUGAUGGAGAUGGGCAGGGUGAGGGCGAUGAGGAGAACUGUCCUCCUUAA